AUGGUGACCACGUCUUCAACGGGGACAAUGUUGCGACAGGAGAAUAGGGACGAGAGGGACGUAACAGCCAGUGAACGCGAGUCUAACCGGUCUCCCCACGACCACAGUAUCGAGCUCGAACUCUCGCCAUCACCGGCGAUGAGAGUAGUGGCGGUGAUGCGUCGGCAGGAAGAAGGAGGAGAAAGAGUAUCGAUCGAAACAGUAACAACGACAGCCACACAACCAACUGUGGCUCCGUCUUUAACAGAAGCGGCGCAACGGCGGCUAAAGGUGCGAACCCGACAGCAUCCAAAAGUCGCCUUCUAUCCUCGUCAGUCUCGACACACCUUGUUGCAAAGGAGAAGAUAUCACAGGUUGUCUUCGUUGGUCGGGAAAAUGAGAGGAAGGGGUGUUGGCGGCGACCGAAAGUGA